AUGCUUAACGUUCUUACGUCACCAACAGACCCCUGUGAUCUUGAGAGAUUUUGGAGGCUUGAGUCUCUAGGAAUUUCAGAAAAUGAAGAAAAUAAGUCUACAUCUACUUAUCAAGAGGAUUACCUGCGGGAUUCUAUAAGCUAUAGCAAUGGACGUUAUUCAGCAAAACUACCUUGGAAGGAUGAUCAUGAGACUUUACCCACUAAUUAUGACAUAACGAGGAAACGUACUGAAAAUGUCAUCAAGCGUCUACGUCAAGACCCACAAAUCUUACAGAAAUAUGGAGACAUUAUCAAAGAUCAGGAGACGAAAGGUUUUAUUGAGAAGGUUGAUGAAACUAUCGUACCACAACACCAGAUACACUACAUCCCUCACCACGGAGUUAAGAAAGAUUCUGUUACUACACCGAUACGCAUAGUAAAUGACUGUAGUUGUCGUCCGUCACAUGGUCAGCCUAGUCUUAAUGAUUGUCUAAAAUCGACCCCUCCUGAACUCAAUGACAUUACCCACAUCUUGAUGCGUUUCCGGUUACACAAAUACGCCGUAUCUUCCGACAUAGAAAAAGCCUUUCUCCAGAUACAAUUAGCAGAAGAAGACAGAGAUGUCACGAGGUUUUUAUGGCUGAGCGAUCUCAAUGAUCCCGACAGUACUUUGAUCACAUACAGGUUCAAGGCAGUUCUUUUCGGCGCAACAUGUUCCCCAUUUAUUCUAAAUUCGACACUCUUGAAACAUCUAGAAAGCCAUUGUGAUGUAUGGGUCAGUAACAUUUUGAAACGAGACUUAUAUGUAGACAACAUCCUGUCAAGUUUUGAAGAUGAGAACCAGACGCUUGCUUACUUCCAGGAUGCGCGCGUUCUGCUGUCGUCUGCUAACUUCAAUCUACGCUCAUGGAAUUCUAACAGCCAACGUCUACGAAACUUAGCCGCAACAAACGAUGUUUUAGACACAGACAAUAUCACAAAGAUACUUGGUAUGCGAUGGAAUGCAGAAACAGAUAUGCUGAUGUUUCAAACAACACAUAUACCAAUCAGAGCCAUUACAACAAAACGUGAACUUUUACGACAAACGUCAAGAUUGUAUGAUCCGCUAGGUCUGCUUAGUCCGGUUACAGUACGUGCUAAAAUUAUGUUACAACACAUUUGGCAAGAGAAAUUCGACUGGGAUACUCAGUUACCAGCUGACAUACAACAUAGAUGGGAAAACCUUGUGAAUAACUUGAAUACCAUAUCCACAACUAAAUACAGACGAUGUUACUUUGAAAUCCCUGCCGCAGGCGAGAAUCCCAGAAAGGAGCAGACACUUUACCCCUCACCCUAA